UCCCCAAAAUUUCACUCAAAACCCCCCAAAUUUUGCUCAAACCCCCCCAAACCCCCCGGGCUGGCGGGAUUUCUGCCGCCUGCAGGCGCGCGCGGCCGCCCGCGACUUCGCCCGGCGCUAUCGCGAUUUUGUCGCGACGCAGCCGCAGCUGGGGGGGCCCGGCGCCGCCGCCGCCUUCUCGCGCCGCUUCGCCCGGAACUUUCUGGAACAUUUCCAGGCCGAGGUGACGCGCGCGGCCGCCCGCGGGGGGGGCGGGGCCUCGAUGUCCCCGCCCCUAUCGCGAUAUCCCGGCUCCGAGCCGCCGCCCCUGUCGCGAUAUUCGGGGUCGGGCGACGGGGAGGGGGAGAUGUGGGAGGGGAAUGAACCAAAAUUGGGGAAAUUUGACCCAAAAUCGGCAAAAAUUGACCCAAAAUUGGUCGGAAAUGAUCCAAAAAUGGGAGAAUUUGACCCAAAAUUGGCAAAAUUUGACCCAAAAUUGGGGGAAAUUGAACCAAAAUCGACAAAAAUUGACCCAAAAUUGUCAAAAAUUGACCCAAAAAUGAUUGGAAAUGACCCAAAAUUGGGAGGUUUUGACCCAAAAUCAGCAAAAUUUCACCCAGAAUUGAUGGGAAAUGAAUUAAAACUGGGAGGAUUUGACCCAAAAUUUGGGGAAAUUGACCCAAAAUCAACAAAAUUUCACCCAAAAUUGAUGGGAAAUGAGUUAAGAUUGGGAGGAAAUGACCCAAAAUUUGGGGAAUUUGACCCAAAAUCCUCUGAAUUCUCCCCAAAUUCCCCAGGGUUUGCCCCAGAAUUUUCAGAAUUCGCCCCAAAAUUUUCAGAAAUGUCGAAAUCUUCUGAAAUUUCCCCAAAAUCUUCGGAAUUCUCCCCAAAUUCUUCAGAAUUUCCUCCAAAAUUUUCGGAAUUCGCCCAAAAAUUUUCAGAUUUUUCUCCAAAAUCUUCAGAAUUCACCCUGAAAUUUUCAGAAUUUUCAAAAUCUUCAGAAUUCUCCCCAAAAUCCUCAGAUUUUUCCCUAAAUUCUUCCAAAUUCCCUACGAAAUUUUCAGAAUUUUCGAAAUCCUCGGAAUUCUCCCCAAAAUCUUCAGAAUUCGCUUCAAAAUUUUCAGAAUCUUCAAAAUCUUCAGAAUUCUCCCAAAACUUUUCAGAAAUUUCCCCAAAAUCCUCAGAAUUCUCCCCGAAAUUUCCAGAAUCCUCCCCAAAACCCGUGAAAAUUUGCCCAAAAUCCUCAGAAUUCUCCCAAAAAUCUUCAGAAUUCUCCCAAAAUUUUUCAGAAAUUUCCCCAAAAUCCUCAGAUUUCUCCCCAAAAUUUCCAGAAAUUUGCCCAAAACCCUCAAAAAUUUCCUCAAAACCUUCAGAUUUCUCCCAAAAAUCUUCAGAAUUCACCCGAAAUUUUUCAGAACUCUCCCAAAAAUCCUCAGAAAUUUGCCCAAAACCCUCAGAAAUCUCCCCGAAAUUUCUGGAAAUUUGCUCAAAACCCUCAGAAUUCUCCCCAAAAUCCUCAGAGACGGCCCCGAAAUUUUCGGAUUUUGCCCCAAAAUCCUCAGAAUCCUCUCAAAAUUUUUCAGAAUUUUGCCCGAAACCGCCAGAUUUAACCCCAAAAUCCCCGGAUUUCCCCCCGAAGCCGAAGCCCCGGCGCCGGUUCUCGCUGCGCAGCGUCGGCCGCAGCGUCCGGGGGAUGCUCCAGUGGCGCUCGGGGGAGCCCCAAAAUCGCCACAAUUCGCCCCAAAAUCAACAAAAUCAACAAAAUUCACAAAUUUCCCAAAAUUCCCAAAAUUCAGCCCAAAAUUCAGCCCAGAAUCCGGAGCCCGCCCCCCCCUGGGGCCGCCUGGAGCGGCUGCGGCUCGGCCCGGGGGGCGGGGGAGGGGUGGGGGAGGGGCCGGCGCUGGAGCUGCUGGAGACCCCCCAGGCUGCCCCAGAGCCGCUCCCGGAGCUGAGGCCGCCGGAGCCGGGGGAGAGCCCCAGCCCCCCGGACGACCCCGACCCCCCCUCGGACUCGGAGCUGCUGAGGGGGGAGAGCAGCGAACACCUGAGCUCAGGCCCCUUCCCCUUCCCUCCCCCUGACCCAGGAGGAUUCCCUGAGGCUCCAGAAUUUGGGGAGGGGGUCCCCGAGCACCCGCUGGCGCCGUUCCCCUGGUUCCACGGGACCCUCCCCCGGCUCCGCGCGGCGCAGUUGGUGCUGCAGGGGGGGAGGGGCGGCCACGGCGCCUUCCUGGUGCGGCAGAGCGAGACCAGGAGGGGCGAGUACGUGCUGACCUUCAACUUCCAGGGCAAGGCCAAGCACCUCCGUCUGUCCCUGAAUGACUCGGCCCAGUGCCGAGUGCAGCACCUCUGGUUCCAGAGCAUCUUCGACAUGCUCGAGCACUUCCGGGUCCAUCCCAUCCCCCUCGAGUCGGGGGGGCCCAGCGACGUCACCCUGCUCAGCUACGUGGUGGCCUCUCACAGGAUCUACGGUCGCUCCGGGAGCCGCUCGAUCCUCGCCGACCCCUCCCCCACCCCCCCGGACCCCCCCGACGGCGCCGCCUGCGCCCAAAACCCGGCGCUGCCCGGGGUCACCGCGCUGGGACACGGCCUGGACGUGACCACCAUGGCCCUGGCGGCCGGCAGGGUGCUGGACAUCGACCCUGGACACGGCUGGGACAGUGCUAGCCACAGCAGCCAUGGUUGGGAGGGUGUUAGCCACGGCCUGGACGUGACAACGAUGGCGCUGGCGGCCGGCAGGGUGCUGGACAUCGACGGUGGACACGGCUGGGGCACUAGCCACAGCAGGUAUGUCACUAGCCAUGGUCAGGAGGGCACUAGCCACAGCUGGGAGGGCACUAGCCAUGAUUUGGUAAGCACUAGCCGCAGCUGGAUUGGUGCUAGCCAUGUUGAGAUGGUGCUAGCCAUGGUUGGAUGUCACUAG